CUUUUGGAUAGACGUUAGUUAGCAGUAUAAGGCCAGUACAGAACGGAACGGUCUAGCGGUCUUUUGGCUAGACGUUAGCUAGCUAACAGUCUCAACAAAUGACACUCGCCAGGAUGCCAGAGAAACAACGCCCGUCGACCGCCAGCACCAUGUGCCUGGUGCUGAAGCCGCGGCAGGAGGACUACCGGUACGUCUGCCACCUGUCUGGCAGCGAGAACGAGCGGGCCGCCUACCGGAAGAACCGCGUCAUCCAGAUGCGGCUGAGCACUUACCUGGCCGAGGUGUGCCUCCAGGAGAAGAGCUCUGCCAGACUUUUCAAGACGGCCGAGCACAGAUUCCUGCAAGAAGCCGCCAAACGUUCUACCAUCCCGAGGUCGGCCAUCAUGUUGCAACAGUUACGUCACAGCAGUACUAGACCUGCUCCAACUUUACCACACUUGCUUGCCAACGACGUCACGACUAAAAACCAGACCAAUGGGUUCAGGGAUACGGCUGAGCAUGUGACUUCAUUCGACCAAUCAGCUUCCAGUUUUAGUCCUAACGAGAACUACACGAGUUAUGUCAUGCGCAGAAGCACUCCUGUGCUGAUAGCUAGCGCGGUGCGGAGACGUGGUCUCGCUAAAGACGAGAUGUCAGAGCGAGACGAUAGCCCUACACCAUUCUACACCAGUAGACCGCACAGUGUGCUACAACCCAUCCGUCCCUCACAGCCGUUAGGUGAGGUAGGUCAGUCUACCGUGGCCGGUGAUGGGGCAGUUGGGGAUCAACGACCUGAGGACUCGACUGCAAUACAACCUGAUAUCGCACCAACGGAUGGUGCGGUUAGUGCCAAGCAGUGCACACCCAGCACUGCUGAACACACCUCAAGCACAUGUGAGCACACCACUAGCCACACACCAGACUACACAAUCAAAGUAUAUGAGAGCGGCACGCUACAUAAAGAGUUUCCUCAACGCCAACUAACUCUUAUCCAAAGCAAAUCAAACAGACCCCUAAACGAUAACCAGUACCCAGAUGUAUUAUCUGGGAAUUACAACGUCAUUCAGACAGAAGAUGACAUUGAAUAUUUAGAAACAGCCUUGAACUUUGACUUAGAAUUAAAUGAGAUCGCCCAGGACGAUUUUGUCGAAAAACGCGAAUCCCAAAAUCCUAAAGAGUCGCCGUACAUUGAGGGUAAAGCAACAAUACACAGCAAGCACGUUUCCCGCCCAAAGUUGAAAUAUGUACACGCUCCUCUGGCGCCCCUCCGCCACAACAUCACCAGCGUUCUGCGUCAGGAGCGGAGCAAGUACGAAGCGAGUCAGUUGAGGAUCCAGCAGUACCUCCAUAACAUGCCGCCUAUGGAUAGAUGA